AUGAGGGGGCGGUCCUCGUGGGUAGGAGCUGCCUUCGUGGCCCUACUUCUGGGACUUUUUUCAAGUGCUGCGUGUUCUCACUCGUCAAGUGUGACUAAAGAAAAUAAGUUAGAGGCUGCGGAUGAAAGCGCGUCCACUCAUGAGCCUAAGAGCUCAGUGAACGCUGCAGAAAUUCACAAACACCAAAACGCCUCAGAGAAUGGUCAAGCUCUCCUGCAAACCAGCAAUACUGCCGCUCAUGCCAGAUCAGCCCAGCCCGAAGACGUAACAGAUGACUGCGUGAUCGAGCACAACAAAAAAAGGGUUGGAAAACUCAAAAAGCCUCUCAUGCCGAUGGAGCGGAACUCCGAUGCUGUUUAUCAAGCGCUGAGUUUCGCCAAAUAUGUAAUGGAAAAUGGUUGCCCGUUUAAACACUCUGGAGCCAAUGGGUUCGGUGAGAACAUCUACGCGACUUCCGGCCCAAAGGCGAUGUGUUCAGAUGCUGUGGGGGCCUGGUACAACGAGAUAAAAUAUUUCAACGGGAAGUAUCCAGGUGGCAGCUGGACGCUCAAGACUGGCCACUUCACUCAAGUCAUGUGGAGUGGAAGUACCGAACUCGGCUGCGCCCGCACUGUGGGAUGCGGGAGCUCGAUCCUGAUUUGCAACUACAAGCCCCCUGGCAACUGGUCCGGAGAGCCUCCUUUCUCGGAAGAGGUGUGGAACAGCAUAAUGAGCGCUUCUAGUGCACCUGCAGUGUCCUUGUCGCCUUUUGUGGCGGUUGCUGUUAUCUUUGUGGGGUACAUUACCAGCACAGGCUCCGCAGUAGCGUACUAA